GGAUAUACGCACGCACGAGCUCUGGCCUCCAGCACCAUGGCUUUCUACGAUACUGUAGUGUUCGACUUCGACCCCAACGCCACCGAAGGCUCAGGGAUGAUGGAUGAAUAUGACGAGAUGUGUGACAUCGGCAUCAGCCAGAGCUUCCAGAGGUUUUUCUUGCCAGCCGUUUACGGGAUUAUCUUCCUCCUGGGCGUCGUGGGUAACGGCCUGGUGGUGCUGGUGAUGGGCUUCCAGAGGAAGACGAAGAACAUGACGGACCGGUACAGGCUGCACCUCUCCGUGGCCGACCUGCUGUUCGUACUCACGCUGCCCUUCUGGGCCGUGGAUGCCGCCAGCACGUGGAUAUUCGGGGGUUUCCUGUGCGUCACCGUCAACAUGAUCUACACCGUGAACUUGUACAGCAGCGUGCUGAUCCUCGCCUUCAUCAGCCUGGAUCGCUACUUAGCCGUGGUUCGCGCCACCAACAGCCUGGCCACCAGGCGGCUGCUGGCCGAGAGGGUGAUCUACGUCGGGGUCUGGCUUCCCGCCACCCUGCUGACCGUGCCGGACCUGGUCUUCGCAAAAGUCCAGAGCACCGGCGCGAGGGACCUUUGCGAACGGAUCUACCCGAUGGAGGCUAACAUGGUGUGGAAAGCCGCCUUCCGCUUCCAGCACAUCAUCGUGGGCUUCGUCCUGCCCGGCCUGAUCAUCCUGAUCUGCUACUGCAUCAUCAUCUCCAAGCUCUCCAAGGGCUCCAAGGGUCAGUCCCUGAAACGGAAGGCGCUGAAGACCACCAUCAUCCUCAUCCUCUGCUUCUUCGUCUGCUGGCUGCCCUACUGCGCCAGCAUCCUGGUGGACACGCUAAUGAUGCUGAACGUCGUUUCUCACAGCUGCUACCUGGAACAAAGCCUGCAGAAGUGGAUCUUCGUCACCGAGGCGCUGGCCUACUUCCACUGCUGCCUCAACCCCAUCCUCUACGCCUUCCUGGGGGUCAAGUUCAGCAAGUCCGCCCGCAGCACGCUUACCAUGAGCAGCAGGUCCAGUCAGAAGAUGCUGACCAAGAAGCGAGGCGUCAUUUCGUCCGUGUCCACGGAGUCGGAGUCCUCCAGCGUGCUGUCGAGCUAACACGCGAACAAGCUUGCGGACUUUUCCUUGCGCCAAAAACCAGGAGGACUAAGCUUUCAUUUCAAAAAGAGGACUUAACUACACGUUGUAAAUAGUCUGUAAACACUUUAAUGCUGAGAACUGUACAAUUUUUUUUUAUUUGCUCUAUUUAAUCUGUUUUUUUCACCCUUCACGUCCACAGGCUGAGCCUUACCUCUCGUUUUAUAUGUGUGUGAAUCAUGCCCAAGCAGGAUGCCAGCUUUUUUUGCAGAUGUUGCGUCAUCUGUAGCCGCCUGAAUGCCGUUAUUUGUGCCUCGGGAUGUAAAUUAUUUGUACAUAGGUCAGUGUUUGUGUGUGUGUGCAGGCACUUAGGCUUUAGCUUUUCACUGAGACGUUUUUAUUUAUUGAAAAGAAACUGGUAGCUCACACUGAAUAGUUCUUUGCUGAUUUUGUUUCACACUUAUUGUCUGUAAUAAACGACUCGAAGUCACUCUUCUUUUCAAUGA